AUGUCUCAAAAUAGACAUACCACCCGUCGAGCACCAAGAGACAGACCUGAUGACCGUCUUGGAAACCUUAAGCUCCGGAUACCUGUCUUUGGAGGCACUAGCAAUCCUGAUGACUAUCUUGAUUGGGAGAAGAAGAUUGAAUUGGUGUUUGACUGCCAAGAUUAUUCGGAAAAGAAGAAGGUGAGGCUUGCUAAACGUUUUGUGCCAAGUUAUUAUGGGAAAGAGGUGCAUCAAAAACUCAGGAGACUUACCCAAGGCACGAGGGGAGUAGAAGAAUACUAUCAGGAGAUGGAAACUCUUAUGCUUAAGGGUGGAGUAGCUGAAUCAGCUGAGGCUACCAUGGCACGUUUCCAGGCUGGGUUGAGCAGAGACAUUCAGGAUCGCAUAGAGAUGUAUGAGUAUGAGGAUAUCUUUGAGUUGUUACACAAGUCCAUCCUUAUAGAACAACAGCUAAAGAGGAAGAAUCCAACCAAGGGCUCCUAUGGCAACAACUACAAGCCGAUCACUACCAAAGAAGAGAAACCAUGGAUGAAGAAGGAAGAUCUCAAGGGAAGUCAGCAGGAUGAUAAGGGAAAAUCAACCACCACGAGAUCCAGAGAUGUGAAGUGUUUCAAUUGUACCAACGUUGCAAGUGAGGCGCUUGUGGAAAAGCUUGGGUUGAAGACUGGAAAGCAUCCUAGGCCUUAUCUACUUCAGUGGUUGAAUAAUCAAGGGGAACUGAAGGUGACUGAGCAAGUAAUGGUCCCUAUUACUAUUGGGAGGUACCAAGAUGAGAUUGUUUGUGAUGUCCUACCUAUGGACACAAGUCACAUCCUGCUAGGGAGGCCAUGGCAAUAUGACAAAAAGGUGAUUCAUGAUGGCUUUACUAAUCGCCACUCAUUCACUCACAGAGAUAAGAAGAUUGUUCUUGCUCCUCUCUCACCACAAGAAGUACACCAUGAUCAAGUCCAACUCAAACUUAGGAGGAAAGAAGACAAGGACAAGGGAGCUUUACUAACUUUUUCUGACAUUGCACCGGAGUUACCGAGUGGUUUUGAGUUCAUAUUACAGGACUAUGGAGAUGUGUUUCCAGAAGAAAGUCCAAGUGGUUUGCCUCCAUUCCGAGGGAUUGAACACCAGAUAGACUUAGUUCCAGGAGCCUCCUUGCCCAACAGGCCUGCUUACCGAACUAACCCUGAUGAAACUAAAGAGCUGCAAAGACAA